UUAACCCUAAAUCUCCAGGUCUCCCUUUUCACACCAAAUCAUUUAUACUUUUUGCUUCUCACAAAAUAAAAAACCCACACUAAAAUCGCCAUAUAUGGCCGAGAAUUCGAAUAAGAAUUCGGAUAUCCGCACGCAGCGCCAGAAGCAGCUUACACGGUUGCAGAAAAGGGCUCCAGCGUCUAUUGAGAUAAAUCCGGUGACAGAUUGGAACGUGGCGAUCCCGCUUUUAUCACCGUUGGUUGAAUCUCCGACAUCCAACAGUUUUCCGGCUGAGAUCAAGACUGGUUCUAAUAGCAAUAAUAAGGAGCCCGUAGCGGCGGAGAAGCCGGUGGUGGUGAUGAAAAAGUGGCAGCAUCCAGCGGCGCCGUUUUGUUACGAACCGGCUCCAUUUUUGCCCUUUGUUUGUACAGGAAGUUUCGAUAGAUGACAUCUUGUUAGUUUUUUUUUUUGUUGGAUAGGUAACAUUUGGGGACCAAAGUGAAAAUAAGUCAAACAUUGGGACCUCUGAUGCUAUUUUCCCUAUCUGAAUUUGGGUACAUAUUUAUUAAUGUCCUUUUUUUUU